AAAUCUCUGUUAACAAGGGUGUUAGAAGAAGCAAGACAGUUAGGAGAUAGAUCUUUAGCAUCCGUUGGGGAUCAAUUCGAGUUGUGUUUAGCUAAAUGUAGAACAUCGUCUCAGAGUGUUCAGCAUGAAAAUUCUUACAGAAAUCCAAAAGCCAAGUACUGUUAUGGAGGAAAUCCACCGGAACUAUUGUCUCUAACUUCAUAAUCUAUGUAAUUAACAUUCCAAUGGACAUUUUUUUUUGUAUAUAUUGAACAUAGUAUAAUUUAUUGUGUAAAUAGUAUUUAUAUUUUUGUAAAUUUUUGUUGUACCUUAUAUAAUGGCUACAGCUACCAAGAAACCCAAGGUGAAAAAGCCUGAGGAGAAUCCAUUUAAAGUUCUAUGGAUGAACUCCUGUUACCAACAAACUUUGUUACCAGAUGCUCCAUGGCAUAAGAUUGAAGAUAAGAUAGCAGAAAGUCUGACAUUGAAAGUGGAGAGACAGUUUGGUAAACCAGAGAGGAAAGAGGCCCUCCUACAGAAUCUGGGUAUUCCAUUCGUCAGCAAGUAUUUACCUGAUGCUGACUGGAACCCACAACUUUUGGAACAUCCAAACAUGGCACCUCAUGAGAAACAGAAAAUAUUAAAAGAAGCCCAGGCCUACUUAAACAGCCAGAUGUAUAAAUGUGUUAAAGAUAUAGGUUACCAAAAGAUGUUGGGGGCAGGAAACAAUGGAGAUGUACCACAGGAUUAUUCUGAGUUUAUGCAGCAUUCUUAUAACAUAUUUAACAGAGGGCUUGAUAGAGAGUUAUACAGACAGGAACAAGAUCUAUCGAAAAAGAAGUUAAGUGAAAUUAUGAUGGAAAGGAAACUUGAUUUGAAGAUUCCGGCCCCUAGUAGACAUAAAGUUAAUUCAUUAUCGUCAUCUAUAUCAACACCUGCCUCAGAAAAGAAGCCAUCAUCAGCUGCUAUCAAAGAAAUGGUACAGAGAGUUGAUGGGGACCCUCCACCAUUGUGGGGCCCACAGAGUGAUGCUAUAGGAAGGUCCAUUUUAGCAGUACUGGAACGAGAUCCAAGAAAGUUUGAUCAUGUGGCCAGAAGUCUGCAUGGGAGACAACUCCCUGGGGCACUCAGAAGCUUCAUGUGGUCUGAUGUUCUCUUCAAAGAAGAAAGGAAAAGAUUACACGAAGGUAAUGUUGAGAAAGUUGUAAGAGAAAGGUUUGCUAAAGCUGUCUCAAGAGGAAUAGAAGAUUUGAAGAUAAGCAGGGCCACAUUUUCACCAAUUCAUGGUCUCAUACAGACUGCUGUAAUUGAGACAUACAAUAAAACGACCAGUAUGGUUGCUUACAAAUCUGAUUCUCACAUCAAAGAAUCUUGUCGUGCACUGAACGUGCUGUAUGUCUAUGACAGAAGUUAUGAACCCUAUCUCAUACACUGGUUGUUCCCGUUACAACUGGCCUUCCAAAGGAGUUCUAAUACUACAACAGAAAUAGGUGAACAUGUGUAUGAAGUUGCCAUGUACUUAGAUCUGUUAAACUCCAGCUGUUUUCCAACAUGGCCUCAGGUGUUUGCUAUAGCAGAACAAGUCAUGAAUACAAUGAUGUUGACUGACCCUGACCUUUAUACUCAUCUGAAAUCCAUAGCAACAACAAAUGUCAAGGUCAACAAAAAGGAAUUUUUGCAUCAGUUGAUUAGUAUAGAGAAAGCAAAGGCUGAGGAACUCCUGAAGGCUACCCCAGGGAGUAAAAGAGAAGAAAAUAUUACUACUGAAUUACUGGCUGACCCUCUGGUUUUCUUCAGACGGUGGAUAGGGGAGGGCUUUGUGAGUGUGUUAGAUACACCUGGAGUGAUGUAUGUAUGGGACCAGCUAUUUAUGCAGAAUUGGAGUGACAGUGUCCUGAAGAAUUUCAGUCUGGCCUUGGUAGAGCUUCUUAGAUACAAGUUCAUGGAGGCUAGAGAUUACAAAACCAUGAAAGAGGUAUUCCUUUUUGAGCCAAGCAAGUUAUACACAGUAGAUAUUCAGAUGGCAUGGAUCCAUUUAGAGAGUGGCAAAGAUCUUAUGGAGGUCCCUUAUCUAAAUAGAAGAAGAAUACAACCGGGUGUAUCCAGAAUGAGUCAGUUACCAUCAGCCCCAAUGACACCUUCUUUACCUGGGUUGUUACCUUCAGUUGGUCUGAAAUGUUUAGUAUUGAAGUUAGUUAUACCUUCUGAGAUCAUUGAAAGGGAGCCAUGGGUUGCUAACAUUGAUCCCAAAUAUUUGAAAUUAAAUGUAACUGCUUACUUUGGAAGUGUUCGUCUACGUACCAGGAUGUCUCUUAAGGAAGCCGUUGCAUUGGACAUAGAAAAAGAUAACUAUGGCAACACUGUAUAUGAGAUUUACUAUCUAGACGAAAAAUUUCUGUUUGAGAAUUUAGACAUAGCAGAAUAUGAUGUUGAAAAGGAACUUGGUGCUAACCCAUAUUGUAUGUUAAAAGUGGAAUAUACUAAACCUGGUACAUUUGCACAAAGAUCAGCCCUCCCAGUAGGUUGGGCGAGAGUGCCAUUGUUCCAGCGUGAUGCACACAAUCCAAGAGGAGGCAGAGAUUCUAUAGAUUCAAUAGACAUUCACUGGUUACUACAGAAUGGAGACUUUAAGUUGACGUUACAUCCUGGAGAUAUCCCAGAAGUCUCAACACAUCCAUCUUCUCCGACAAUACCUGUUAAUACUGAAGAUGCCAUCCUUGGAUAUCAUUCUGAGUUGUUGGUUAUGGUUUAUGAUCCACGAGAGGAACCACCUGACAGGGCACGCCCACCAGGCCUUCCUGCUGCUAUGCCUUUACAAGUCCCACCUGCUGAUACAAGACAUAGCCCAACCUAUAGUCCCAAGCCUAGUCCAAGACCACAACCUAAAAAGGGAAGUCCACAUCCACAGCCUAGACCGAAAGAAAGUCCGAAACCUAAGCCAAAAUUCCAGGAUGAUGAUAGUCCCUGGGUAGAAUACAAACCAGAUGUAGCUAAUGAAAGGAAUGAGACACCCACUCCUAAAAACAUGGCAUUUGAUCUUUAUAUUGAUGGUGUUAGGUUUAUUACAGAUAAUUCCUCCAUUGUCAAGGUGACAGGAAUAAUUGGUGCACCUGACGACACCAAGAUGUUAUUGACCAUACCAGAUCUGGACAAGUCAGCAAGAUGUCCUGUUUUCCAGUUCAAACUCACCUUUAAUGAGCAAGGGAAAGAAUUAGAUGAUGAUGUAGUAGCUUUCCUAAGAGUUUAUACCUGGGAUGUCAUCAAAGAGGAGAUAACUGUCAUUGGGAGCUGUUUUGUACCAAUAUUUGACAAAGACAAUGGUUAUCAAUUAAAUGUAGGUGGUCAUCAGUUACGUCUACACAAUGGUGUUCCUCCACAGAAACCUAAAUACCAUGCUACAGACUUAGAUAAUAUACCCGUUGUACCAGGGGCUUCUAUUCUUGUACGAGUUCUGCCAACAAAAGCUGCUGAUCAACCAGCUCCUAGUUAUGGUAUAGGAUAUUACAAGUCUGAGGCAUGUAGACCUACAGCAUCAGAGAAAAGAAUAUUCACUAGCUAUAAGGAACAUAUGAUGUAUCCUAAGACUGUCAGAGAUAUGAUACAGAGGCUGCAGCAGGCGGAAGGACAACCAAUAGGUCAGAAUGAUGAAGAACUACUAGGUUGGCUCCAGGAUAAACUGGAUGUAAAGAAAUAUGGUUCCAAUGUUGCUGCUGGUAACCUUCCACUGGACAGAGCAAUACGAUACAGGGUCAAGAUGGGCAUAAAUGUUAAAAUCCAGCAGGCUCAUAACCUACCAGAGGGAAUCUACCUUCAGUGUUUUGCCAGGGUACAGCCUGGAGAGAAAGUAGUGUCCAUGCCUCCUACAGAAGACGGCCAUGGAGAGGAAGAGAAAUUCAUUACACUUAAACUAGACUUUGAAAGUUUUCAGAAAUCUCCUGUCUGGACAGAUGAUUUCACAAAUCUUCACCCAUUUUAUGAUGAGAAUUCUGUACUAUUGAUACAACUGUAUGGAUUAGAUGUAAAAUACACCAGCAGAAUAGAGCAUGAUGGGCCUGGUAAAUUAAGGACCAGUAAAGAUCAGGAAUUAUCAUUAGGCAACGAACAGAUAAUAGGAUGGACUGUUGUACCAUUAUUUGAAGGAAACUCUGUAAUGUCAGGAACCCAUGAGUUACCAAUCUUUAAAGGACAGUAUCCUGAAGGGAUGUUAGAAGAUCUGACUAAUUUUCCAGUUGAUGAAGUCUUCAGACGAUGGAAGUGGGAUAAAGGGGCCAGACUGGCUGAUUCCAGUAUUGUAGUAGAUGUUUGGGAUGGACACUUUGAGUGGGAUGAAGUUCCUGUACCACAUACUUACAAACAGCUGAUGUUGAUGUUUGGAAAGGAAGAAUCUUUUGUCAAUGCAAGAAAACCCAAGAAAUCCUGGAAGAAAAUAAGUGCAUUUGUAGUAGAUGGCUUGGAGAAGAAACAACAGAAGAAUGGUACAGACAGUGAAUUCUAUCAAACUGAAAAAGAUUUCUUCAACACAGAAAUUACAAAGAAGUUUUAUGAUUUAAUGGAGGAUGCCUUAAUGACUGCAGGGUUUGGUCCUCUGAAACAGACAAUAUAAUGGACAGAUUAUCAGAGACACUAGGAAUAAUUCACAUAUAUUGUAGUCUUAAGAUCAUAUUUAUACCUAUAUUGAGUUGUCAUUUUGAAAAUGUAAUAUUGUCUAUUUAAAGAUAUUGUUAAAAAGAUAUCAUACAUUCCAAAUAACUUGUAGAUUCUGUAAAAUUGAUCUUGUACAAAUGUAUAAUUUACCUUGGAAAAAAAUCUCAUAUUCAUACACAUGUACAAUUGAUAGUUUGUUAAUCUAAACAAUAUAUCAUUAUCAUUAUAUUAAUAGCAUAUUAAGAUUUCUGAACUGAGAAUAUCAUGUGCUGUGAAACCAUCUAUAAUUAAGUAGCAACAUUAUUUUUGGUGUCAUCUUAGUGUUAAAUAUAUAAAUGAGGGUGACACAAUAAUCAAAAAGAUGAUUUGUUUAAUUUAAGAAAUUAUGUAGAUCAUAUAAGGAAACAGUUUUAGAAUGGUAUUCCUGAAGGUGGUACAUAACACUACAGGGAAAUAACUCUGUAAAAAUCAAAGUUGAUAUUUUGUCAAAAAUUUGUGAAAACUAAAUGAGCCAAAUUAACUUUAGAAAAGGUGUUUGGUACCACCUUAAUUUUCUUAAAAUUGUUUGGUUAGGCACUGAGUUGAAGACUUAUGUGAAUUAUGUUUACAUUUUCUAUAACAUUCCAUCCAGGAUUAACAAUGGAUUGAACUUUGUUGUUUUCUUACAAAUGCAAAAUCAAUGAAAGUGUAUAUGAUUUUCAACAUUCAUUAAUUCCUAAAUAAAUUCAAAAAAUCAAAAAAAUCAUUUGUAGGUAUUCCACCAAUGAAUCAAAUUUUCAAAGAUUUUUUCAUGAGCUGGUGAAUAUGUUACAAAUGAGCUGUGCCGGAUAGAAAUCAGCCUUAUUCUAUUAGAUAACAAUAUAUCUAUUAAUCAUUUGAUGUUUUGUAAAAAAAUGUCUAUGCAAAGUCUGUAACUGUUUGCAAAUUUAGUUCAUAUAAGACCCCAACAAAAUAGAUCAAAGUUCAUCUUUUAUUUUGUAUUUGAAUGGUCCAAAAUCAAUCAAAGUCUUGCACAUCUAUAUGUGUAUAUAUAUGGUUUACUUUCACAAAUUGUGACUUGGAUGGAGAGCUGUCUCAUUGGCACUCAUACCACAUCUUCCAAUAUCUAUUAUACAUGUGUACACUUGCAUAAGAUUGAUUUCUAUCCUAUCUAACUCAAAUGUUGCUUUUGACAAUUUGAAAGAAUGCGUAUGCUGUCUGUUAAUCAAUGAAUUUUAGUCUGUGUUCAACAAGAUUUAUUUAAUGGUUUAGAAGCAGCGUUCUAAGAUAAGAAGAUUUUCAAAAUAAGAAAUCAUGAUUGGGAUUUUACUUUUUUCCAUUAGUAAUAACAGUGGUCAUAUUGUAAAAAUAGUUGGUUUUGUUUUUCUUUUUGUUUAAUUUUUUAAACAAAAUUUGAUAAUUUAAGGUAAUCUAAUAUUAUAACAUAUCAUUUGAAACUUUUGUGUUCCAUUAUUUUCCAUAAUGUUUGGUCUUUUUUUUAAUAUUCGAUUUUGUUUAUUUAUUUUUAUUUAUAAUUCAUUCAUUUUCACAGAAACUUUUUUUAAUUUUUUGUAUUGUACAUAUUUAAUUUAUUUUUAGUUGGUAACAAUUACCUAUUUUCAGUGGUGCAUUUUAUAAUUACUUCUUGGUGUGUAUGCAAAUUAUGGUUAUGCCUUAAUUUAUUCUAUUUCUGAGGUAAUUGGUCUCUCUAAGAACUGUAAAUUCAGAAAUUAAUGCGAGGUUUUUAUUAUUGCGAAUAAUGCGACUGAGUUGUAAACGCAAUAAUUUAAACUCGCAUUUGGAAAUAUUUUAUAUGAAUUUAACAAGAUUUUUCUCGUAAUCGUAAAAAUUGAAAUUGCAUUUAAGUCUAAAAUGACAAAAUCGCAAUAAUAAAUGCAUGCAAUAAUUUUUGAAUUUACAGUAUAGAUAUUAAAUUUAUUUGUUCACAAAAUGUUUUAUGCAGAUAUUUAUUGAGGACACAUAUAAAGAUGUUUUCAUUUGUCAUUUUCAUAUCCCAGUUAGUUCGACUACUGAAGUUUAAUUCAGUGUUUUACUUAUAAAUAUGUCUAAUUGUGCCAUUUAUACAUACAUUCUAUUAAUACAACAUUGUAAAAUAGUUCAUAAUAUGUGCAUGUUUAAGGUUUCAGUUUACUGCUUUCUUCAUGAGCAAGAUGGUAAUACCUAUAUAACAGUAGAUAAUAGUUCUGUUUAAUAUAUAAUCACUUAUCUGAACUUUGUCAAAUUAUCUUUUUAUUAACAGAUUUAUACUUUUGAUAAUCUUUUUCAACUUGUGUGAGGUAAUUAAAUAACAUGCAGACAAGCAAAUUCAACAGUAAACCACAUUUACAAAUAAAUUUAUUAUAAUAAAUGGCUAUGGUUCAUUGAAAUAUUAUUUAGAUUUGAAAGCUAUAUAUAUAGGUUAGUUUUUCAAAUUUCUUCUGUUAAAAUAUACCUGAGAAGUUACUAUAUCUUUUCUUCAUCAUGUAGUUUGAUAUAUUGUGUUUGUCCUGUUCAUUUAUAUGUCUCAAUUUAAUUUUCGUAAGAAAUCUCAUAGAAGACACCGGAAGUGAAUACACACGAGAACAUUUCGUCAGAUUAUAUGCAUUUCAGCACCUCCUUUUUCUUUUUUGAUGAGAUUUAAUAUUUGGCGGUUUCCUUAAACCCAGGAAACCGGCUUUUCCGUUCUUACUUACUUAUUUGGGAGAUUGUCAAGUCAAAAUUUCUUGUAGCUUCCGUUGGAAUAGUAUGAAAUAUGGAAGAAAGACUUUAUAUCACAUUUAGGGUGGUUUUUCAUGCAAUUUAACAAGUUUACAUUAGAAUGCAACAAAGUUUUACAAAAUUUCCCCAAAACAUAAACAUGUUGAAUAGAUGGCAUCCUGUAUCAGGUUAAAUACUUUGUUAAGUUCCAUGGAGUUGUAGUAAAAUCAAUAUUUAAACCAUGAUCAUUAUUAUUAAAAGCUUUGAAAUAAUAUGCCAAAUCAAACUCGGAUUUUAGAUAUAAGAAGAUGUGAUAUAAUUUCUAAUGAGAAAAGUUUCAACCAGAGACUAAAUAACAUAGAUUUAAGCAUUUAUAUGGCCUAUAGUUAACUCUAUUAAGUUCCAUUAAAGGGAAAUGUGAUUGUUUAAUUGGGGCAUGAUAUUCUAUGAAAGCCUAUAUUUCUGAGGUGAUAUCAUGAUAGUUUGGUUGGGACAUGAUAUUCUAUGAAAGCCUAUAUUUCUGAAGUGAUAGGAUACAAUGUUAUACUUUAUUCUGACCUUUUUUGUUAUAAUGAAUGAUAUUGUUUAUUUUAUUGUAAGACUGAUCUACAGCAUUUGUAAUAUUGAACAGAAUUUGAAGUGUAUCUUAUGGAUAUAAAAUCAUGUUGUUAACGAAUAAAGUCUGACUUUUCA